CUCGCAUCUCGCGAGAACUGUGGCCGCCAUUUUGGAUAGAGACUCCAUGUCCUCAGUGCUCGGUUUUUGCGCUCGGAUUGCAUAAGCCUGUCAGACGACCAGGCAGGGCUCUCAAAUCUGUGGCCGUUUGUCCAGGCCUCACCACUGCAGGGUUCAUUCCCUGGGCUUUGGGGUGUCGCCCCGAAAUUGCUGCUGCUACAGAGGUGUCAGACAUACAUCCUCUAUUCCUGGGUGCUGCCCAGUGUAAAAAUCCCAAUUUACCCUGCUGGGGUUAUAGGUACUGCUGGUACCAUCUCUAUAUACUUUAUACUACCCUGUGCCAGGGGGUUGUUGGACAAUGGACCAGAACGCUGCUCAGCUUCAGGCCAUGAUUAAUGAGGCAGUUGCUGCCUCGAUGGAGAAGGCUUUCUCCAGAAUUAUGACGGCGGCUGAUGGGCCAGAUAACCUCGCUGAGGUACCGCAACAGGACUACGAUUCCGAGGCUUCGGAGUCACAGGUUCGUGCCGACUCUCGGCCACAAAAACGCCAUUGGAAAGGAGAGAAGGGCUCUGCUAAUCCGGACAGGGGCAAGGCCCCCGCCAAGCGCGAUAAACCGUCUCCUCUCGCUCCCUCGCCUGAACAUCAAUACUCCUCGGACGAGGAGGAUAAGCUUUCUCCCUCCAUGAAUAUUCUGGACUCGUGGCAGGCCGCGGACUCCGACGUUCCGGAGGACGCCUGGGGCUCAGAUGAGGGCGCGUUUUCCGGUGACCAAAAGGGCACCUUUCUCGACACCGCCCAGCUACCCGACGACUCGGCGCCACCGCUGGAGGAUGAGGAAACCAUCCUGGACCCCUCCGGCCAACGUCUCUUCGAUCCGAGAAACAUCCGUCAUCCACGUUCUGGGGACUGGACGCCUCCGGAUCACCUCGCAAAGUUUAUGCACCUAUGGCUACGCAAACCUAUGGACAAAACGGUUCGCAACCGUUUACGAUCCGAAUGCCCUCGCCCUCUGUUACCCGACUUCGUGGCGCAAACUCCGGAGUUCGACCAGAUCAUGACCACCUUUAUGUCUAGGGGUGGUCGGGACCCUCGCAAAGGGGUUGAGAAGGCAUUCCACGGCGUGCAGGAUAAGCUGUUGGACUCCAUUGGUCCACUUUCCCGCAUUUUGUAUUUGGCGGAUGAUGCCCUAGCGCGAUCAGAGGAGUUUGACGCUAAUAUGGUUCGUGAAUGGGCUCACGACAUUAGAGAAUGGGCUCAACGGUGCUUCUGCUUUGUAGGCAACGCCAACGUAGCCCUCUCUUCUGAGAGGAGGAAAGCAGCAUUACUCCGUCUUGACGGAAAAUUGGUGGAAUUGGGCACCAAAGAACUAGGACCCCUGGCACAGGGCAAGCUAUUUGGUGAGACUUUUCUGAAGGAGCUCAAUAGACAUGUGAAUGUCUUUACCUCGCUUAACAAAGCACAGACCUCCAUGAAGCGGGUCUUCCAAGCCAACUCCCAAAGGGGUGUUUUUGGAAGGGCUGGCCGCCACAGAGGCCGAGCAGCCAGCCGAUUCUGGCCUUCGGGCCCCAGUUCUCAAAGGCCUCAACCGUUCUACCCAGAAACAGGCUAUAGACAGCCUUUCUCCUUCACCAGAGGAGCCGACAGAGGUCGUGGAUCACGUGCCCGGGGCAGGGCUCGCUUCAACUCCACCGUUACAGGACAAGGAGUUCGUUCGGUGGUUCGUGGUUUAAGAGACAUUGACUUUAGUUUAUCCAGUUUUUUCUGA